UAGUCUCCCGCCCGCACCCACGGGGUCAAGGUCGCUCAAGCCCGCGGAUUUUGCUAUGGUGCCGGGAGCAUCCGGUCUGCCCGUUUCCCUCCGCCGCGCAGGGUGAUCCAGGCCGCCCGCGCCAUGACCCGGCCGCUCCGCGUGGGCGUGCCAUCGCCGGGCCCACCCGUCACCAGGUCCCGGCGCCAUUUUACGCCGGCGGCCGCGGUCACAGAGGCGUCCCAAGACUUCAGAAACCAGACCAUUACAGAGUUCUUCAAACCAGUUUUAAACCAAGAUCUUAGCUAUAAAGACAGAACUGUGUUGUGCUCACCAGAGAGAGGAAAUGUAAAAGAUGCAGGAACUGGACGGUCAGUUUUACAUAGUGAAUGUUUUGAAAAGAAAAUAUCUUCUCCAAAGAAGUUCAGAAGAAAGAUGCCAGACCGAACACCAAUCACAAGCUAUGUGGUAAAUGCCUUUCGAAGAGGAAUUAAGGAGAAAAAGGACAGUGUGCACAUUUUAGAGAAUGUCAGAGUGUGCAAGGCACUGGGUUCAUUGCACCCAAAAGUUGUGAUUAAAAAACUUACUAACCCAGACCCUCGCAGCUGUUUCUUGGCCAAAAAGGAGAAAACUACCAAGUCAGAACAGGGAAGAAAUGGGAAGUGUGUGGAUGUAACAAGACCACCAUUGUCUUGUGGAAAUAGUUUGGAACAGAAAACUGACUGUAUGGAUCUGGAUGAGAGUAGUUCAGACUCUGACAAAUCAUCAGAAGCUGAUACUCGGAAAGCCUGUACAAGAAAUAAUGGCACUGCAAACAACACCUCUACAUGCCAAAACCCAGGUCUUCCUAUGAAACUGCCCUGUGCUUCAACCGACUCUGAAUUUCAGUUGUCACUGGAAGCUCUCUGCAGGGAAGGGAAGCAGAAGAAACAUAGAAUUAAACGAUCUCAGUCACAUCCUGUAAAGCCAUUCUCAGGAACAAGUGUAUCACAUCAGGGAAAUGGAUGUCCUUUGAGAAAAAUACCACAUUCUGUUUCAAGGGACACUGCCUCAGGAAGAAGCAAUUCUGCUAAUAUGGAAUUAAUUAAACAAUCAGAUGAUCCAUCUCGACCAAAGCCAAAGCAGGUUUCAAAACAUGAGGCAUCUUCUCCAAAUGCAAUAAGAGCAUCAUCUGAGGUGGUUGCCGGUAUGCAGAAGAACCAGUCUGUUCCUUCACGCUGCCUUAGAUCCAAGAUGUCUUCUGGGCGAUCCAAACAAAUAGACCUUCCUGGGAAAAGAAAAUGUGGUGCCAUGAGUGUGGAUGCAGACAGUUCAAAUAAAUCUGAUGUAUCGAGCUUGGAUGACCCUGCGUUCAGAUCAUGUGCAAAACGCAGAAACAAGAGGUAUAACUUUGUAAAAAAUAUCCUUUUAAAGUCUACUUGUGGUGGUGUUCUGCAACUGAUGGAGGCUGCUGCUCUACCUAGACAUGAUUCUACUCUUCCAGAGGAAUGCCUCAACUCAAGUGAUGAAAUUGAGAAAAAUAAUUCCUCCUCUGUAGGUUUGUCAUCUUCACAUGCUGCACGCAGUCCCGAUAAAAAUAACCACCUUUCUGUUGUGGAUACCAAAGAGAAUCAAUUGCAGGUGGCAAACUCAUGCUUUUUCUUGGAAAAGUCCCUUCCUUUUUCUCAGGAAAGUACUGCGUUGCCUUCUCUCCACCAUGUAACACAUUCAAAAAGUGUGGAAUCUCCUCUCCAGAAUGCUGGCUUAUCUCAGGUAUUGUAUGCAAAGAAGGAGCAAGAUGGGAAAAGACCAGAAAGAUGUAUGCACAGUAAAGCUUGCAGUGUCCAAUCCAGCAACAGUUUUUCAACAUACAAUGCUCAAAGUCCUUCUGGUUCUUGUUCAGCAGAAGGUUCUGGGAAGCUUCUCUGGAAAGAUACUGGUAAAACUGUUUCCCGUUCUUUGGCUUUCAAAGAAGGGUGCAUGGGCAGUGGCCAUAUGUCUUCACAACACUCAGGAGAGCUAAAAGUUAAAAGCACCUGUGCAGACAAGUCCAAGUUGGAUGGAAAAUCAAAAAGCUGCCUUGAUAGUGAAGAUGAGAGUUUGCAGUGUAGUCUAGAUGAUGAUGAUGACGAUGAUGAAGUAGAAUUCAAGCCACUGCAAGAAAUUCUCUAUUCAACACCUGAACCAGAGAUGGGAACUCCAAAAGAAUCUUGUCAUGACAGUUUUUCUCAGGACACCAUGACUCCAUUACUGGAGCUUCAUCUUUCUAAGCCUCCUGUCAUUAGCCAGGUGUCAUAUGUGAACAGCUUAGAACAUCUCUUAAAGGAGAAAGAAGAAUCUAAAAGGGUAGAUGAACUGGAAAAGCAGUUACAGGAAGACAUACAAGGAAGGGAAACAGAUUGUUCGGAUGGAGAAGAUGAGAAUAGCAGUGGAGAUGAAAAUCUCUCAGAAGAGCACAGGGAGUUUCUGAAGAGAUUUUCAGUGAUAGGUCAUGCCAUACCUGACUACCACCCCGGAGAAGAUAUAUUUGAUUUAUCAACCUCUGGGAAAAUCUUUAAUGAACAUAACUUUGAUGUUAGGAAUUUUCACUUCAUCCCUCAAAAUCCUAUAGAAAAGCUCCUUCUUAGUUCUGGUGUUACACAGCAGCUUUCUUUAGUUAUCAGUGGUUUUCUCAGUUCUGCUUACAAUUGUAUCUUUUGUCCUGUGCCAAUUCUAAAGUGGCUUUUCCAGGUGAUGUCUGUUCAUCCUGACUAUUGUGUGUCCACCCAGAUUUUAGAUAAAUUGAUGGAGAUAACACUAAAAAAUGCUUCCAUCAGUGAUGAACAGUCUAAACCAUGGAUUCCUUCACUAGCUGAUGUGUCAGCUGUUUUUGUCAAUAUGGGUGUUGCAUUCAGAUCUCUCUUUCCAUUGCAGCAUCUUCAGCCCAACUUCAACGAAUGUGAUAUUUUAAGUCAGACGCAAGAAACAGUGAACAAGCAACAGCCAAGAGAAGACCUAACCUCUGCCAGUACAGCAUUCUCCAGUUUACCAGAAAACAAUUUAAUUAAUGUGAUUAAGUUUCUAGGUUUCUGUGCAACAGUAAUUCAAAGUGGAUAUACUGAUCAGGAAAUACUGCUGCUGCUUCUAUUGCUUUUUAAAAUAAGCUUGGAGAAAAAGUUAAAGCAAAUUCCUUUGAUAGAUUUUCAGUGCCUUUUCAUAAAGCUUCUCAUAAGCAUAGAAGACUGGGAUACAAAGAUGCCUGAGCUUUGCCUGGCAAUGAGUGAACUCUCCAGUCAUCAUCAUAAUCUCCUGUGGCUGGUUCAGCUGGUGCCUGGCUGGAUAAUACGUGGAAGGGAAGUAAGAAGACGUCUUAGCCUAGUGGUGAUUGCAAAACUUCUUAAUAAAAACCAUAUAGAAAUACCUGAUGACAGUGACAAGCAGAUGUCUCUUCUGCUUCAGUUUCUUGUGUACAUGAAGCCUUCUAAUCUAGUAAGGAAGAUGAGUCAAGGACUGGAGCAGCAAAAUAUGGAUGAAGACCAGCUUCAUACAGAACUGGAGCAGAAGGCAUACUACUUGGUAUACACCCUUCUUCAUCUAGUCAGUGAAGCUAGUUUCUUCGACAGUGUAAAUUCUAAUCAAAGGCAACACUUACUGAAGCUUUGUGGUGCCUUAGAUAAGCACAUAAAAUGUGAUAUUAGGGAAGAUGCAAGACUGUUUUAUCGAACUAAGGUAAAAGAUAUAGUUGCUAGGAUUUAUGGCAAAUGGCAAGAUAUGAUACAAACCACUCGGCCUACUCAGGGAAAACUGCAUGACUUCUGGGAGCCAGAUUAAUUAAAUCUUGCUUAGUUCAGGAAAAGUAAUAGAAAAACUCUUGAAACCAAGGAAAAUGUAGAAUACAUGGAGCUUCAUCUUGGUCGGAACAGAAGAAAUCUAUCACCUGAGAUAGAACCUGAGCUGGAGUCAGACAAAUACUAGAAAGCCAAGGAUCUAAUUUGCUAAACAUUGCUUUACUUUAAAUACUUCUGAAGUACUAAGUUGGGUAAACUGUAAAAGUAACAACUAUUUCUACAACCCUGUCUGAAUUGGCUAGAAAUAUUUUAGCAUGUUGAAAGCAGAGGAAAGCUUUUCAUGUCCAUUGUUAAUCACAAGACAUUUGAAAACUGUAUUCAUCAUCUUGCCAGCACACACCUCCAAGCAUUGUUUUAGGAUGGCUGGGAAAGAACUGCCUGGUGACAUGGAAUGUGAGUUCAGAAAUGGUAUUAGACCUGACCUACCCUGUUGUGAGCAGGUGAGGAAGUGGUUCAGAACAGGGCUGAAUAAGACAAUUGCCUGCACGUGUUAACAUGCAAAGCGGAAUUGGUAUCAUCCAAUGUCACUAAAAAAUACAAAACACAGCAGUUCCAUGUGAACAAGUGAUUGCUUCUGUGUUCACUUAAGCACAGAAACAGCUUAAGAGUGGCUGUGCCCAAACAGGUUAAGUGGAUGCUUCUUUGCUCUGUGAUUGUAUUGUAUCAACUAACAAAAUGGAAUUUGUCAUUACAACGAUUCAUUUUAACUUCCUCAUCCACUGGCAUCAGUUUAUUUUAUGCAGUGAAUGUGAAUUCACAGGAAGUGUUUUUAUAAGAACAAGUUAUAAAAGAGAUCGUAUUAUACCAGUAUUAUUGUUGUACUACUCUUUAGGAAACAAGCAUAUCUCUAUUUGUUACCUGGCUUUGGCACUUUCUCUAAAUGGAGAAAAUACUAAUCCUAAAAUAUCAUCUCAAUGGAGAUGUGAGAAGGUGAGCAUUUUGCCCACAUGUGUAAGAGCCAAAAGCUACAUGAGGUCUGUGUUCCUUUGUGUGAAGUCUUCCUGCACACUCAGUGUGUGUGCAAAGCCUCAACAGCUGUUGUAAAAUAACCAAAGGAAGACAGCAUCUCCUUUUUUUGUGUUCUCUGCAAAUGCUAUUGUUUAAAUUUUACACUGUAAAUUUGUAUUUGGUUUGUUUGUAGGAUGUAUGUAUAUAUGAAGAGAAAGUUAGGUAUUGUGUAGAAGCACCAACAAAAAUUCUCUUAACAACAGAGGUUUUUAAUAUUAUCAACAUGCAUUUUUAAAAACUGUUUUCUUUUAAUUUUUGUAGAUUACCCUAACUGGUAUGAUAAAUUCCCAACAACUUUCCAAGAUGAGAAUGUAAAAUAAGUCUCAAAAAGCCCCAACUAACCUUCAUAUUUAAGUAUGUGUAUUACAUGUAAAGGAACUGCUACAGAAUGGACGUGUGUCUUAUAGGGAAAGUGUUCUAUUGGCAAAUUCAUAUUAAAUGUUUUGUUCUUCAUUACAAGUGUUAGAGAGUUAGCCUAAGACUGCAGCAUCUCUGUCCACAGGAUAAUCAGCUCAUCCUUGUUCAAACAAAAGUUAUGCUUGUGGCAUUGUUUUGGAGGGGUGGGGAAGCCCUGUUUUUAAUCUCAACAUGUUAUUUAAGAAUUGGAAGAAUCUACCUCAAAGGGUAUCUUUGGCAAUAGAACUGCAUUAGACUUAAAAAAAAAAAAAAAUAGUUACAUGUUAUAUAGGCAUGGCAACACCAUGGUUUGCUCUGCCUGUCUUGGAUAGUAUAUCAGCCUUCCCUCUGGUAGCAGUUACUUACUUGGUUUAAUAUGUUGUAUGUAAUUUUAUUAAUGUUUAUAUUUUUUGUCACUAAUGUUGUAUAAAAUUUAAAAAACAUUGCAGAAUAUGUUUACUGUAUGUAAUGUAUAUAUUUUCUUACCUUGUAAAGUUGAAGUUCCUGUCCUGUAUAUUUUGGAGAAGGAAAGGGGAGGGGUUUAGAUGAACAGCUUUUGUACUGCAGUUCAAAGCACAUUCAAACUGCUGAGGGGUUUUUCCAGAUUAAAUAACCACUUUGAUAUUUACUUUUAUUAAAUAGAACAAUAUAAAAAUAAAACCAGACAUGCUUUUCUAAUUAAAUGUCCUUGAACAAAAUUGGGCAUUCCACAGCUUUGUUUCACAAAAGAACCACAAUGGCUGUGGGUCCUAUUUUGGUCUUUCAACAUACGUUGUAGUUUUGGGGUUCACAGCUGAUUAGCUUACUAUAAAUGGAGAAGGCCUUGAAGUCAUUCUUAGCUCAGCCAGUCCUGUGUUUUCAUGCUUAAUGCCUGUGUGUACAUUCUGGUGUUUUCCUCCUCUCUCCCCCUCCUGCUUUGGCUGGACUGUUCUUCCAUAUGUUUUGUAGCUGAGUAGUAAUUCCCCAGUUGCUUAAGUCUAGACAUAGGCUGAACUGGAGCUCAUCAGUAUCCUUACAGAGACGAUCCCAAAGCAUCACUGCCGGCUCUUCACAAGGGACUGCUGAGCUGUGCCCUGCUCCAGGGCUCCUGGAAGUGAAAUUGCAAACCUGCUGGUUUUUUGCCGACUCAUUUACGGGCUCCCAGCCAGAAGUUACAUGCAUUGGAAAAGGCUGUUUGCAGAGUAAAGGUCUUAACUGCUUUGGUUGUCUUCAGAUAAGCAUUUUGCACUGAGGUUUAUCUUUUGAUAUUAUGUUGGUUGUAUUACGAGCCAUGUUAUCUCAUUUCAUGUUAAAUUAGUUGCACUUUAUUGCAGUAGUCACAGAGAAAAAAUUAAAGGC